UCCCCCGUCUUAUCUCCGCAAUGGAUCAUAAGUAGACGUGUGACAAGUGAAGUUAAAUGAGAAUGCAGGACAAGGCCAACGGGGAUUUGCAAAAGAAAUCUGUGGGUCAACGAGUACAGCAGCCUAAAGGUACUGUGACAACAAAUACUGACUUGUGCUGAUGGUAACUAGUGAGCCACUGUGUGAUAAUAGUAUGUUAAAUCAUUAUAUACACAGCAAAAAUGUAUGGUACCUUUUAUUAUAAAUUUAUUGUCUUUUCCUUCUGUAACUGAAUUUCCUCAUAGUUAUUUUCCAGGCAGAUAUCUUUGGCACUGUGGCAUCUGAUUGCCCAAUCAUACAUUGUUUUUUUUGCUUGGUGAUAAUUUGGUUCUUAAAUACGCCCAUGUUGCACGUGAAAUAAAUAUAAUACAAAGAAGAAUAUUUAACAUCUCAAAAUUCCAGUCUUUUGCUGUUAACACGUGCCAUUUUUCCACAUUCUGUCAAACAUUUUAACACAUUAAUACAGAACUUCCCAUAUUAUACACAGUUAAAUUGGACUUUAAAAUACUGCACCAGUAUUCUAAUGGAAAACAAGUAUUUUAACUGCCAUGUCCCUAUUUUCUCUUCCACAGAUGAGAGGAAAGAAGUGCAGAAGAGAACCUUCACCAGGUGGAUGAAUAUGUUUCUGCAGAGAUGUGAUCCUCCGGUGGAAGUGCAUGACCUGUUCACAGACAUUCAGGAUGGCAGAAUACUGAUGGCUCUGCUGGAGGAGCUGUCUGGGUGCCAACUACUCUACAGGUUUAGGGAGUCUUCUCACCGCAUUUUCCGACUGAACAACAUUUCCAAGGCCCUGGCUUUCCUGGAUGAUAGACAUGUGAAGCUGCUUGGCAUUGACGCCUCAGGUAUCGCUGAUGGGAUCCCAUCUGUUGUGCUUAACCUUGUCUGGAGCAUGAUCCUGUAUUUCCAGGUAAAGGAGGUGACAGGAGGCCUCCAGAGGCGUUUGUCUUCUAGCCUCUCUUCCUUAUCAAUGAGCAGUUACCCCUCAUCCGGCGACCUCUCACCCCAGCCAAAUGACAUUGGCAGCAACUCCUGCAGCACCCUGCCAAGCAAAGGCAGGAAGGCUGCCAGAGAGCCAAAGUACCAUGGGAAAGCAAUCAAGACUCUACUGCAAUGGGUCCAAAGAUGCACAUCAAAAUUUGGGGUGGAGGUGCAUGACUUUGGGAAGAGCUGGAGAAGUGGGCUGGCAUUCCUAGCCAUGAUUAAGUCCAUAAACCCAUUCUUGGUUGACCUGAGGGAGAGCCUGUCAAGAGAGCCAAGAGAGAACAUUGCGCAGGCCUUCCUGAUAGCCCACCACAGCUUGGAUAUACCCCCUCUGCUGGACCCUGAAGAUGUGGCAUGCACUUCACCAGAUGAGCAGUCAAUCAUCACCUAUGUGUCUAUGUUCCUGAAGCAUUGUUCUUACACAGAUGAGGACUAUGCAACAGAUGUGGAAGUUCCUGAUAUCCCAAAUUUUGGAUCAGUGGAGUCAGUCAGCUUGGGAGAGACCCCCGCUGACGACCCAGAAGCCCAAGCUUUGCUCCAAGGCUUGGAGAAGAGCAGCGAGCAGCUUCUGUGGAAACGAUGGUCCAGAAGAUCCUCGAGUGAAGCUGCAUCACCAUUCAACAGAAAGAAAAGCAGGAGUCGAAGCAUUUUACAGCCACCCAGUCCCCUGGACGCAGGCGUAGUGAACCGGGACAUCCGGUCAUGGAUGGAGAAAGCAUCUGUGGAUCAGGACUACAGCAAGCCCAGAGUGGAUGAAAGUCACUUUUCUUUGAGCUCGGAGGAAGGAAUCUACAGCUUGUCAGCAUUGGAUUCAGACGAGGAGGACGCCUACAGCUACAUCCUGGAUCUCAAUAAAGAGGUUUUUCAACCCUAUGAUCAGCUGAAAAGACAAGUGCCAAGGGUUGAAGAAGAAACAGAGGAAGAAAUGUUCCUGAAUGGACAGCAGGCUGACGAGUCAGAACAUGUGGAAGUACAUGAGACAUUAAAUGGAUGUAAACAUGAAGAAGGCGCUCCUACACACAAUGCUGAAAAAGUAGUCGGGGCUCAGUCGGUGCUGCAUAGGACGUUUGAUUGUGACAAAAAUGAAAGUAGCGUUCGUGAGAUGGCAAACAGUAAAGCUGUGUUUGACAUGGAGCCAGAGGAAGACAACAGAAGCAGAGAGGAAAGAAAAGAUGAGAGGGAUGUUGGGCAACAGAGUAAUGAUGAUGGUGAUUAUUGUGAGGAAGAGACGAAGAAGGCAGAAAAUGCUAGAUUGGUGAAGCAUGGAUGUGAUAAAAGAGAGGCUCUGAUUGAUGAAACCAACAACACAAAGCUUUUUGAAGUGGCUAGUUGGAAGACAGAGGCUGAGGAAGAGAGUGAAAGGGGGCUGUUUGAAGAAUAUGGACAAGUGAGUGAAAAGAGAGUGCCAGACAAAGAAGAAGAGGAAGAAAUAGUGAUGACAUUUGAGAAAGGGCAGGAUGGAAAAUCAGGGGAAGUAGAAGAGGAUCGCGUUAAAGAGGAAGAGAGGGGAAAUCACCAAAGUGUGAAUUUAGAAAGUUUCAAGAAAGAGGUUAAUGAGAAGAUAUUAACAGAUGAGUGUGUAUGUGAAGUCAGAGAAGCUAGAACUGACACAAGAGAAGACAAAGACAGGGAAGAAGACAGUGACAAUGUCAUGAAUUUAAUAGAUGUUAGAGAAGUUAGAAGAGUAGAAGAGAAGGACGGGGAACUUCACAUUAAGAGAUGUAAAAUCACUGACAACAAGACAACAACAGCAGAGCAUUCUGGUAAAACUGCAAACAACAGCACUAAUGGAGAAGUCAAUGUCCAUGGUGUUGACGAUAGUUGGACUCCUGCCUGCAGUGCAACUUCACACUCAGUCAGAGAGGAAGGACUCAUCCCUCACUCUUUACCAGCCUCCUGUGACAUAACCCCAUUAGAGCUGAAAAUGCUCUUGGUCCUGUGGAUUCUGCUCUACUGCUGCUUCGUCCUACCUCAAAUGAACUUCUGAGUCCCCCUGCAGUGCACCCUUCAUAUUAAGAUAUGCUUAUUAGCCCAGUUUCCACUAACGAGCCAAACAAGGACACUAAGGGCUGGGUUGACUCUUUAUCUGUGUCACUAAAUUUCCCUCAAGGCAACAUUUAAUGAUUGUGUUUGCUUUUUUGCUGCCAGCAGACAGAAAUAAUUUGUCAUUUGGGCUACAGUUUCAGAUAAAACACAUAAUGCUGCUAUCCCUAUUAUUAUACAUUUUGUCAGCUACUUGGUUUCACACCAGACUAAUUAUCAGACAUGGGAUGGGAGGUGUUUAUUUUUUGCUAUGUCCAAAAUCCUCCAUUUAUUAGAUUUAUCUUUCUGGCAGCAAUACUUAUUUCAUUUUUGACUUUUUCAACCACAUGGUGGCAUUGCAGCAUCGCAGCAGCCACAGUCUCACAUGACAGACUGUCUUUACAGCAUUUUGCCGACUGCUGAGAAUCCCAUAUGACCUGCUGUUUAAUUAGAAGCUCUAUUGACAGGGUGAGAUUAAGCUGAUAGUAUUUAAUGAGCACUUUGACAUUUCACAUUUCACUGUGUCUCUUGUGGCUUAGAAUGUAUACAGUGUCAUUGUUUUCAUCUCAUGAGCUACUGUACUAUGGUGAAAACUCAUCAACGUUACAUGCUCUUUUCAUGACAUUUUUGUCACUUUGAGAUAUAAAUAAUAAUUCUUCAUGAAUAAUUCUGUUUCUUCGUGUAUU